AUGAUUGUUAUCCCUCUGCCUUCCCCUGCGAAUACGCUCACACCUCCCAUAAGUUCUAAUGCAAAUCCACCAUUUUGGAUUCCAAUACCUAUUAUGAUCCCUGAACGACCUACUGAGUCGCCCGUAUUCAAUGUCAUGGCAGAUUCUCCACGUGUUCAGUUCAAUUUAUUGAAUGCUCACCUUCAUGGGAGAAUAACUAUCUGGACUCAGCCUUCCCAUGUAACUCCUGGAUUUAGGAAUGAAUUUCAAGCUACUCCAAAGACUAGAACCACCAAUGGGAUCCCUCCUUCACUUGCAUCACCUUCUUGGGAUGGUUUUGCUUCAUUGGCUUCUUAUUUGUUUAGCUGGCAGGAAUACUUUGAUUCAGAAAGUAAACAAGGGAAGAAACUUACAGAACAAGAUUAUAGUGACAUGCAACAACAACUACAUGGUUUUGGAGUUACUACAGUUGCCUUGGACCCUACCUGUGGUGGCUCUGUCAUUGCUAUUGUAAUUGUUGAGGGUCAAUACAUGUCUCCUUAUGACCCAGAUGAAGGUCCUUCAAUUACUGGAUGGAGAGUUCAAAGAUGGGAAUCCUCUUUAGAGCCUGUUGUUCUACAUCCGAUAUUUGGGAAUCCUACAUCAACUUUUGGUGGACAACCUACUAUGUAGAUAGUGUGGGUCACAAAAGUGAACUGAUUACCUUAAAAACAAUCCAACACCUACACCAAGAUCGACUUCUGAGGGUAUAAACAUGUCAG